AUGCUUCUUUCGGUGUUUUGGUUGCUGACAAUUCUUCAGUGCAAAAGCUGUCCGGGACAUGCUUGGGUCGCAAAUAACUUACUAAUGACUGGGCCCAAGGCCUAUCUGACCUACGCGGGCAGUGUACAGGUGGGUGCACAGAGUGGAAUAGAAGAGUGUAAACACCAGUUUGCGUGGGAUCGGUGGAACUGUCCGGACAGCGCCGUCCAACUGAGAGGACUAAAAAGCGCCACCAGAGAGACGUCUUUCGUUCAUGCCAUCAGUGCAGCUGGGGUCAUGUACACAUUGACCAGGAACUGUAGCCUUGGGGACCUCGACAACUGCGGCUGUGACGUUUCAAAGAACGGGAAAAUUGGCGGACGUGGCUGGCUAUGGGGAGGCUGCAGUGAUAACGUGGAUUUCGGGGAGAGGAUCUCCAAACAAUAUGUGGACGCACAGGAGACUGGCCAGGACUCCCGGGCUGCUGUCAACCUACACAACAACGAGGCCGGGAGGAUGGCUGUGAGGGCAACUAUGAAGCGCAUCUGCAGAUGUCAUGGCAUGUCAGAGAGCUGCAGCGUCCAAACUUGCUGGACACAGCUGUCCAACAUGAGGGACAUUGGUAACUAUUUGAAGAUGAAGCACGACCAGGCCCAGAAACUUGAGAUAGACAAAAAGCGGAUGAGAGCUGGCAAUAGCGCAGACAACCGUGGUGCCAUUGUGGAUGCUGUUGGCAGCAUAGCCCAGACGGAACUCAUUUAUCUGGAGGACUCUCCCGACUACUGCAGGAAGAACAUCAGUCUGGGACUACACGGGACCGAGGGCCGGGAGUGUCUGCAGCAUGGAGACGGUUUAACCCAAUGGGAGAGACGGAGUUGCCGCAGGUUGUGUCACGAUUGUGGCCUCAGGGUGGAGGAGAGGCGAACCGAGGUGGUCAGCAGCUGCAACUGUAAAUUCCACUGGUGCUGCAAGGUGAAGUGUGAGGACUGCUCUCAUGUUAUAGUCAAACAUGUGUGCGCCAGGAGAGAGAGCGGACAUGGACAUGCCUUCAGAAGGAGAUAUCGUGGACCUAAAUAA